AUGGCUCCCUUGAUGCUCCCGGUCGAGAUCGUCAAACGCCUCUUCGAUGGCAGUACUCUGCCCAUCAUGGCGGAUGAAGUCCAGACCUUCAAAGCCUGCAUCACCAUCCACAAGGUCCUUCAAGAGGGCCACCCGAUCACGGUCAAAGAGGCGCAGCAAAACAUCAAUUGGAUCGAGAGUAUCGCUAGAGGCGGUACAGGAGACGGUAUGCGAGGAUACCAACCUCUCAUCCGCGAAUACGUCCACUAUAUCCUGGCCAAAUUGGCCUUUCACCGCAACCAUCCCGACUUCAACGGCCUGUUCGAGUAUGAAGAAUACAUCAGUCUCCGAUCAAUCAAUGACCCCAAUGAAGGUUACGAGACCAUUACCGAGCUCAUGACCUUGCAAGAUCGGAUCGAUACAUUCGCAAAGCUCAUCUUUUCCCACUUUCUGCCGGGAAGCAACAACGAGUGCAAGAUUGCCGCCGUGGUGGCCUUGGUCCAGGAGAGCUACGGUAUCUACAAGUUCGAAACCAGCAUGCUCCGUGCCAUGUACACCACGACUGGUGACGAGGAGGCCUUGGAACCACUCCGUUCCCGCUUCAACGCUCAACACCAUCGCCUCGUCAAGUUCUACUACGAGUGUUCCAACCUGCGGUACCUGACCUCCUUGAUCACGGUCCCCAAACUGCCUCAGGACCCCCCCAACCUCCUUGCCGCCGAUGAAGAGAGACCGGCUCUCCCGAAACGCCCUGCCAAAGAGAUCGAGAAACCUCCCACCCCCGUGGCCAAGAAUGACGGCAGCCCGGACAAUGCACAAAAGGACAUUGAGGACUUCUGGACCCGCGAGGCCCAGCGCCAACAAGAAGAGUAUGAGUCGGAACAACGCCGCCUACAGCAGCAGCGGGAAGACCAGCAGCGUCAGCAGAUGCUGGCACAGCAAGAGGCGCAGCGGCAAUUCGAGGAACAACAACGCUUGCAGGCCGAGCAACAACGCCUGGCUCAAGAACAACUCCUCCGCGAUCAGUACGCCGCCCAGACUCAGGGUCGCCUGGCCGAAUUGGAGCGUGAAAACCUCAAUGCCCGGGCCCAGUAUGAGCAAGAUCAGUUGAUGCUGCAGCAAUAUGAUCAACGCAUGAAGGCCUUGGAGGAACAACUUCAGCAGCUCAACGCCAACUUCCAGAUGCAAUCCCAGUCCAAGGAUGACCAGAUGGCCGCGUUGCAGGAACAGAUCAACAAGUGGCGAUCCAAGUACGAGGCCCUGGCCAAACUGUAUGCCCAGCUCCGAUCCGAGCACAUCGAGCUGCUCAAAACCAACAAGUCCUUGAAGCUCAAAGCCGCAUCGGCCCAGGAAGCCAUUGAUCGCCGAGAACGCCUGGAACGCGAGGUCAAGACCAAGAACCUGGAGCUGGCCGACAUGAUCCGUGAACGCGACCGUGCCCUCCACGAAAAGGACCGCGCCCAGGGCUCCAACCGCGAAGAGGUCGAGAAGCUCAAACGCGAACUGCGCCUGGCCCUCGAACGCGCCGAGGAUGCCGAGAAGGCCAAAGCGUCCGAACUGUCCGCGCUGCUGUCCAAGUACAAUCGCGAAGUGGCCGACCUGGAAGCCGCCGUUCGCAACAAGUCACGCCAAAUCGAAGAAGUCCGUCUCUCGCAUGGCGAUAGGAACGCCGACCACGAGGCCGCCCUUCGAGAAAAGGAUGACGAGAUUGAAAUCUACAAAGCCGGCAUGGAGUCCGCGUUGGAAGAGCUCGAAGAACUCAAACUGGGCCACGGCGAGUCGGACGGCGCCCUGGACAGCGCCAUUGACCAAGUCCUCAAGACCACGGUCGACAAGAUCAACGAUAUUAUCGACUCCGUCCUUCAGAGCGGUGUGCAGCGAGUCGACGACGCCAUGUACGAACUCGACUCUCCCAUGCAGGCCGGCAACCAAAACGCCACGGCGCCCUACGUCCUCUCUCAGAUUGAAAAGGCGGCAGCCAGUGCCACCGAGUUCUCGACCGCGUUUAAUAACUUUAUCGCGGACGGACCCAACAGCCCCCAUGCCGACAUCAUCAAGACCGUGUCUGUCUUCGCCGCCUCGAUUGCCGACGUGCUGUCCAAUACCAAGGGUUUGACACGGUUUGCCACCGAGGAUAAGAAGGCCGACCAACUGGUGGACGCCGCCCGUCAAUCCGCCCUCGCCACGGUCAAGCUCUUCCGCAGCCUGCAGUCUUUCCGCCUUGAAGGCAUGGAGCCGAUGCAAAAGACCGACGUGGUUGUCAAUAGCAAUCACGACGUUCUCGUGCAACUGCAGAAGCUGUCCAAGUUGGCCGAGACCUUUGCUCCUAAGGGCAGCAAGCUCUCGACCACGGGUGACUUGGGCGACCUGGUGGACUCGGAGUUGACCAAGGCCGCCAACGCCAUUGAUGCUGCGGCCGAGCGUCUGGCCAAGCUGAAGAACAAGCCUCGCGACGGCUAUUCCACGUACGAAUUGAAGCUCAACGACUCGAUCCUCGCCGCGGCGCUCGCUGUGACCGGUGCCAUUGCCAAACUCAUCAAAGCCGCCACGGAAUCACAGAACGAGAUUGUGCGUGAGGGCAGAGGCUCCUCGUCCCGUACCGCCUUCUACAAGAAGAACAACCGCUGGACCGAGGGUCUCAUCUCUGCCGCCAAAGCCGUGGCCACAUCCACCAACACUCUGAUUGAGACUGCGGACGGCGUCAUCUCCGGCCGCAACUCCCCCGAGCAGUUGAUCGUGGCAUCGAAUGAUGUGGCUGCGUCCACGGCUCAACUGGUGGCGGCGUCUCGUGUCAAGGCCAGCUUCAUGUCCGAGACCCAGGACCGCUUGGAGCAGGCCAGCAGGGCCGUGGGAGCUGCCUGUCGUGCAUUGGUCCGGCAAGUUCAGGACAUCAUCAAGCAAAAGGCCAAGGAUGAAGGCGAAUCCACCGACUAUGCCAGCCUCAGCGGACAUGAAUUCAAGGUUCGGGAGAUGGAACAACAGGUCGAGAUCCUUCAACUUCGCAAUGCCCUCGACGCGGCGCAGGCGAGACUGGCGGAAAUGCGGAAGCUCUCUUAUCGGGAGGAGUGA